CCUUUGCUGUUUUUGCUAUUGCUGUUUUUGCUGUUGCUGUUUUUGCUGUUGCUGUUUUUGUUGCUGCUAUUGUUGCCUCUGCUAUUUUUGCUGUUGCUGUUUUUGUUGCUACUGUUUUUGUUGCUACUGUUUUUGUUGCUGCUGUUUUUGUUACUACUGUUUUUGCUAUUGCUGUUGUUGCUACUGCUGUUUUUGUUGCUGCUGUUUUU